AUGGAGAUGAUGAUCAAGAAACAAGAAUUGGCCAACAAAAAUCAUGAAGCUUCACUGCGGAAUCUAGAGAGGCAAAUUGGUCAACUGUCUAAGCAAACAGUGGCUGAAAGAGCAUCCAAUGCAUUACCAAGUGACACCAUCCCCUAUCCUAAAAAAGAAUGCAAAGCCAUCCAAUUAAGGAGUGGAAGAACCUUGGAGAAUGGCAAAGAAGCUAACAAGAAGCCUGUGGAGAAUGAUGAGGCCAGCAGCAAGGAAGAAGUGACACUUAAGGAGAAGGACCAAGACAAGCUCAAGGAGAAAGAGGAACAGCCACAAUCUUCAAAGAAGGAAAAGCAAAUUAUUGAAGAACAUUCACAAGCACAGAGGAAAGAAGUGAAGAUUUACAGCCCUCCUUUGCCAUAUCCCCAAAGAUUUCAGAAGGAGAUCAAAGACCAACAGUUUUCCAAAUUCUUAGAAGUGUUUAAGAAGAUGGAGAUUAAUAUUCCCCUUGCUAAAGCUCUAGAACAAAUGCCUCUAUAUGCAAAAUUCCUCAAAGAGCUCAUCAAUAAGAAAAGGAGCUGGAAUGAGAAGGAGACAGUAAUCUUAACCCAAGAAUGUAGUGCUGUCACCCAAAGAGGUCUUCCACCAAAGCUCAAAGAUCCAGGAAGUUUCAUUCUAUCUUGCACUAUAGGCAAUAGAACAUUGAAUAAAGCCCUCUAUGAUCUAGGAGCCAGCAUCAACUUGAUGCCUCUCUCAUUAAUGAAGCAGCUUAUAAUAGAAGAACUCAUGCCAACUAGAAUGUCACUUCAAAUGGCUGACAGAUCGCUCAAAAUACCUAAUAGAGUUGUGGAGAAUUUGUAA